UUUGGCCUUUCUGCUCAGCUCAUCCCUGAGCAGAAUCAAAGGUGCUCCAUGACCGGGACUGCUGGGUGGAUGGCACCUGAAGUUGUGACAGGUCAACCAUAUGGCCCCAAAGUGGACAUAUGGUCUCUUGGAAUUGUGGGCAUUGAAAUGGUGGAACGAGAAGUUCCUUACUGGAACCAAACUCCUGCCCGGGCUCAACUCCUGACAGCCAUAGGAGAGACCCCACAGCUGCGGCAGCCCAAGCUCUUCUCGCCUUUGCUGCGGGACUUCCUGAACUGCUGCCUGCAGACAGACGAGGCGCGGCGCUGGUCUGCCAAGGAGCUCCUGCAGCAUAAAUUUGUAACAUCAGCCAAGCCUGCAUCCAGCCUGGUGCCACUAAUCCUGUCACUGAAGAAGUGGAGGGAGAACGAGAGUGGCAAUCCAUUCAGGACCAUUUUGUCCAAUACCAGUCUAGAGUAGGAUUGUAGAGAAAGAUUGCAGAGUAGGAUUGUAGAGUAGGAUUCCAUAGUAGGACUAUAGAAUAGGA